CAUAACACUACCUAUAGAAUACCAGGAAUCAUGGAGAGCCCACACGAGCACCAGCAAGCGGUGAUUCUCUCACGAAUCAUCAAUAAUGUUGAAAAGCUAAACGAGGCCGUCAUGGUCAUGAACAAGAGCCUUCAGGAAGUCAAUAUUCAGAACAUGAAUGUGGAGCUUGUGGCGCAAAUGUUCAAGAACUACCAGUCUAAUGUGCUGUUUCAUUUGGAAGCUACCGAGAAUUUGAAAGAGCCGUCGCAAGGCGAGUGAUUGUUCAAUGCGUUCUUAGUACACAUGAUGGGAUAUGAGAUCAAUCAUGAUAAAGACAUGAGAUACCACAAGGAGUAAAUGUUGGGAAGGAAGGCUACUGGGAUUGAUUUUAGUGUAAGCUUUAUUUAAGACAAUAUAU